AUGUUAGAAAAGAAUGUGAGUUGCCUUCACUGUCGAUUGGUCACCCUUCAUUCCGCGUGUACCAAUCCAGCUUCCCGCCAAGGCGUCUACCCAGCCAGUCGACCGACCCCUCACGACACGGCAACAGCCAAUGACGAAGAAGGGGAUUUCGCUCGCGAAACCCAUUCUCCAAUCGCAUCACCGUCAGACACACAAGCUUCUACCGCAUACGGAGCUGACAUCCCAAGGGAGAUGUCAGGCUUCGCUGCCUCCGUUCGCCCCUCGCCUUGCCAGCUCCGCCCCCAAGGGACGUUGGUAGUUAAGGCGAGAGCAGACAAAAAACAUGACUCUAGCAUGUCGCUCCCAGCUCCACCUCGCUUGCUCUCUCUCUCUCUCUCUCUCUCUCUAGCCGCUUGUCCGGCCAUCCAGCGCCGAGGGCUCCAGUCACCGGCCGGGUCUGGCCAACCGCGUCCCUCGAGUCGAGGGCUCAACCGACUGGCCGGCCGAGAGACCGCGUGGGCGCCCCAGCAUCAAAAAUGCCCUCUUGAGAGCAGCAUUUUUUGCUCCCACAGGGCGGCUCCAAUGUCUGCCGGUUACCAACCGGGCCUGCCUGCCCCAGAGUCUGUUUCGACGAAUGCCCGUUCACCUCGACCGCCCCCCCACCCACCACCACCACCACCAUACUAUCUCAUCCCACCCAGUGACACAGUUUUUGUCCGUGUGUAUGCUGGUGUGUGUUCAUUUGUGCGUGCGUUUGUGUGUCUGCUCAACGGGUGUACAGGUUGUGGUAGGAGGAGCAACAUCCAAUUGUGCAUAUGCGUCUGGUCCCUUUCCGAUAUCCACGUGGGAAAACUGGGAAAAGUGAAUCGAAAGUCUCAAAGGAGUGUAUGUACGCAGCUGUCAGGUUGGCCCAAGUCCGAAAUAGCCCCUUACCCAAAGUUUGGUCAGACCGGGACUGUGACAAGAGGCUGUGUUGAGGUGGCUUGUGUCAGAGUGUAUGCCGUCCUGUACCACAGCGCUUCCGUCUGUCCAGGCCGAAGGAGCGAGGAAGCGAGAGAGCGAAAAAGAGCGACAGCGAGAGAGCGAACGAACGAAAGGCGUGCAUAUGCAUCCCCAGCCAGAGAUACGGAAGAAUUCCCGAGAUACCAGCCGAUGCAGUCAAGACUUGCGAGACCUUGGCCGUCGAGUCCCAACGGAGUCUGA